GGUGCGGGAGCUCCGUAAAUAGUCGUGUCACACAACGCCGGUAAAACACACACACACACACACACACACACAUACAUACACACACGGAGAGCCUCACUAUGAGAAGCGGCAGCGCGCGCACGGAGUGACUGACGCCUCACGCGCUGCGCUCUACCGAAACAGCCACGCAACGGAUCGGGAUGCACUGAGUCUACACUGAUCUCGCUCAGCUUUCACACUUGAUUUUGCACUCGCUUGAUUUAUUUUUGUUUGUUUAUUUCUAUUGGAAAGUUUGCGCGCUCCCGUGUCGAGAGGGUGAAUGCCCGCGCCUGCGUGCACGCGUCCUGAUACGAGAGCCAACUUCACACGGCCGGCUUUGGGCAAACGGAGAGGAUCCGAGCUCUGCUGCUCCGCUCAGUUCAGCAUGAAGUCUGCGGAAGAAGAGGCUUUUAGCUACACACCAAAUGUUAGUCUGUCUCUCCCACUUGGGAUGGCCACCCCUUGCCUGGCAUCUCAGUACCACAAUCUUCAAUCAAGCCCCGUUAUCUCAGUCUCAUCAUGCCACCAAGCGAGCUACGGACUCCAUGAGAGCACCAUGGCUCCCAACUACUACUUCUCUGGGCUCCGUCCCAAUGGAGCGCCUCCUCUGGAAAGGCCGCGCAUUGAGAUCACAUCAUAUGGCCAGAUGCCUGAGGAACAGGUGGAGGAAAGUGGGACGAUGGGCCCUGUGGCAAAGCGAGUCAAUAUUGUGACCUUGACCUUGCCUAGUGCUGAUGGAUACCGUGACCCAAGCAGUCUGAGUCCAGCAAGUAGCUGCAACUCGGAGGCAUCAUAUGAAUCUGGUUUCUACAACUAUGAAAAUUCACCCCAGAACUCACCUUGGCAGUCUCCCUGUGUCUCACCCAAAGGCUCAUCCUCUUUGAUGCUGUCUUGCCCCCCUCAUGGCCAUGCCCCAGGUCCCUCCCCUCGCCAUUCCCCUUCCACUUCCCCCAACGAUGACAUAGGAAAUCACGGCAAGCGGAAGUAUAGCUUCAACGGCACCCCUUAUGGGCACGCACCAGGCAUGUCACCCAAUCACUCACCUGGGGCUUCACCUCAGGGUUCACCAAGGCUGGAAGAAGGCUGGCUGGGAACCACUAACCAGUACACCAAUUCCGCCAUUGUGGCAGCCAUCAACGCCCUCAGUACAGACGGCUUUCCAGAUCUCGUUGAUGGUGUUCCCAACAAGAGCCGGAAGACUAGUGUAGAGCACAACCCCAGCAUGAGCUUGAAGGUGGAGCCAGCAAAUGAUGAUGCGGGAACAGAACAUGGCCAGGAGGACUAUACCAACUCCAACCGUAUGCCAUUCAAGAAGGAGAGCUAUUGCUCAGGAUUCCUGGAUGUUCCACCUCACCCAUAUUCAUGGCCCAAGCCCAAACCUUACCUCAGCCCGUCCCUGCCGGCUCUUGAUUGGCAGCUGCCGUCCUGCUCAGGUCCCUACAAUCUACAGAUCGAGGUGCAGCCCAAAUCCCACCACCGUGCCCACUAUGAGACGGAGGGCAGCCGAGGGGCAGUGAAGGCCCUGUCAGGAGGUCACCCUGUGGUGCAGCUCUACGGCUACAUGGAGAGCGAGCCACUAACACUCCAGCUCUUCAUUGGCACGGCAGAUGACCGACUUCUGCGACCGCACGCUUUCUACCAGGUUCACCGCAUCACCGGCAAGACCGUCUCCACUGCCAGCCACGAGGCCAUGCAAUCCAACACCAAAGUGCUGGAGAUCCCUCUGCUGCCUGAGAACAACAUGAGAGCCAUAAUCGACUGUGCUGGAAUCCUGAAGCUCCGAAACUCCGACAUUGAGCUGAGGAAGGGUGAGACGGACAUCGGCCGCAAAAACACUCGAGUCCGAAUGGUGUUCCGCGUCCACAUCAACCAGCCCAACGGCAGGACCGUGUCUCUACAGGUCGCAUCCAACCCCAUAGAGUGCUCCCAGCGCUCAGCACAGGAGCUGCCUUUGGUGGAGAAGCAGAGUCUGGACAGCUACCCAGCAUCAGGAGGUAAAAGGAUGCUCCUCAGUGGCCAUAACUUCCUGCCCGAAUCUAAAGUCAUGUUCGUGGAGAAGGCCCAAGAUGGACACCAUGUCUGGGAGACAGAAGCCAAUGUGGACAAAGAGUCUCGCAAAUCUACUUCUUUGGUGGUGGAAAUCCCUCCUUAUCGCAACCAGAGGAUAUCCAGCUCCGUGAACGUUAGCUUUUACGUCUGCAACGGCAAGAGGAAGAGGAGCCAGUAUCAGCGCUUCACCUACCUGCCGUGCAACGUUCCGAUGAUAAAGACAGAGCCGGCUGAUGACUAUGAGUCCCGGAUGUCCAUACAUGCAAAUCCCUACUUCGGCCAGCAGAGACUGCCUACCAUGAUGCCUUUGGAUGAGCCUGAGCCCUGCAUGGUGGCCAGCUAUGCCCCCUGUGUGUCUCGCCCCACCCCCAUGCCAUACUCUUCCCCCAGCUCUAGCCCUAAGCUCCAUGACCUUUCACCUGUACCCUUUCCUAAGUGCCUGAGCAACAGCCCUACACACUCCACCAUGCCUGGAGGUAUGGCAUCCAUGCAGGAUCCUUCCACCCACCAUGGGCUGGCCUUGCCCAGCUCUCCUGACCCUGUCUCCCUCACCAUGCACCACCCUCAGGGUAGUCCACACCUUGGCAGCCCCUCAUACCACCCUCUCUACCCCAACAGUAGUCCCUCCUCCUCUCCUACCUCCCAUCCCUCAACACCUGGGGCUGCAGCUGAAAGCCCUUAUCUGGCCACCUUUGGCUCUGCCCAGCCAAGAGGAAGUCCACCCACCCUGGUAGCAGAUGAUCACACCUCCCCUGCGCUGCCUGUUACCAUCAAACAAGAACCACAGGAGCUUGACCAAAUGUAUCUGGAUGAUGUCAACGAGAUUAUCAGGAACGACUUAUCCUGCACUUCCUCUCACGGUCACUCGUAGAUAGCCAUGAACAUGCCUGACGAAAGAAGGGACCAAGAUGUCUUCCCUCUGAAGCCACCUGCAAUUGGACAAUCAGUCCUCUCUCGUUUCGAGGAGUUUCUCCGAGGACAACGUGACGUCAUGUUUCACAUGAAAGGCCUUAAAUUCAACGGUGUAUAAAAACAAAAACAAAAAAAAAAGCACCAUGAAAACGCAGUGACUGUUUCAUUUGUUGGUUGUUCUUGUUCUUGCUCUUGCCUUAAAACAUUAGAACUGCUCUACGGUGGACCAAGAUCUCACAAAAGACUUCCGUCGUCUUCUUUUCUUGAUGCGUAUCCGCGUCAGGAUAAACGCUGUCCGUUUGGCGUUUCGGUGCGAUUAGUCCCGACUGUUUCAUCCCGUGGGACAGAUUCUGCAGUGCCUUGCUGCAAGUACAAACGGUGAUGCAAUUCCGUUCAUCUUCUUCAAUUCACUUCUUUUUUCUUUUUUUUUAUAUACCUUUGGUCACUCAUUUGUUUACAGUAAAUAUGAACAGCUGGAAUGUGUAGAUGUGUGUGGAAACGUGUGAAUAAAGUGGACCUGUGUUUA